UCUCCCGCCCUGCCGCUUCCGGGCGGAUCUCCAUAGCAACCGAGGCCUAGCUGGUGGACGCCGCUCGAUUGGAGCCUCGUCGCCGGAGUCAUGGCAGAGGUAGAAGAAACGCUGAAAAGGAUUCAGGGCCACAAAGGAGUUAUUGGAACUAUUGUCGUAAAUGCAGAAGGGAUCCCAAUCCGAACAACGCUCGACAACUCCACCACCGUUCAGUAUGCUGGCCUUCUUCAUCAACUCACCAUGAAAGCCAAGAGCACAGUCAGAGACAUUGAUCCCCAGAACGAUCUCACCUUUCUCAGGAUUAGAUCAAAGAAACAUGAAAUUAUGGUUGCCCCAGAUAAGGAGUACCUUCUCAUUGUUAUCCAAAAUCCAUGUGAAUAGAUCUACUACUCCAGUCUAAGUGAGCUGUGCUACAAUUUUGGAAGUGUCCAGUCUAACCUAUGCUAAAUUAAUGUCAUAACAUUCCACUAAGAAAUUUGUCUUAAAUUUAAAUCUGUGGAAUCAGGAAAGGUCUUUGUGUCAUUGUACAAUCUCAUUGUAUUUGCCUUUUGAUUAUGAAAGUGUAUUCCUAACUCCUUAAACAAAUAAUAAACCCAAAUGUUUAAAGCAUG